UAAAUAUAAUUUAACUAUAAAGAAAUGGACGAUGCACAAUAGGAAAGGACUAGUUUCGUCAUAAUCAUCGAAAUAAAGGAGAAUUUUUAAAAAUACAAUGGGGUGUUCGAUAAGUACCUUAAAACGAAGGUGUUCGAUAGAUCCCAAAAAACUAAAGAUUCAACAGCAGCCUCCUGUGAGUGGAAAAUUUGAUUUAAUUGGUCCUCCAGAUCCAAUAUCAAAUAUCAGACCUAUUCAGUUUCAUGUUCCUUUGAAAGAGACAGCAACAGAGAAGUCAUUUCGAUUGAGGCGCUCUAAAAUUCUUCAGUGGAAUCAAAACUUUUGGGCCCAUCAUAAUUCAUCAUUUUUCAAAGAAAAAGAGAAUUACAUUCUUGAGCAUCAAGAAAUAGAUAGUGAUGGUAAAACAAGUAUCUCAGCAGAGAAAUUGUCAGUAUUCUAUAAAAGGUUUUUAGAUGAGAAUCGUAUCUCUCACCUGAAUUAUAAUAGAGAGUGGUACAAACAAAAUAUCUCCUUAUUGUGGCCAGCUCUGAAAGUUACAUUUAUUCGUCUGACAAGGAAAUUUGAUAGGAAUUCUUAGAAUAACAUUGGGUUUACCUAACUUUUGCAUUACAUGUGUAUAAGUAACCAAAAAUUUUUUUUUCAGCCAGCUUAAACUUCAUUAGAUUGUAGAGUUGAGUGAUGAACAAGAUAUGGGCUAAUAUUAAAUGCAAAUCUUAUGAAUUUGUAAUUUUGCUUGUGUUUAAAAUAUUUAAAAAAUAAAUAAAAAAAGUAGUAUCAAAGUGUCAAUUGAAAAUGUUAAUUUAAAAGAAAAAUAUGUGAAUUUAUAAAGUAUCUUUUACUGUACAUGUUGCAUUGUAGCAUAUUGUUUCAUUUCAUUUUCAAGCUGAUUUGUUUUAAAAAAUUAUUUUAUAAUUACAUACUCCCUAUGUAGUUUGUUAUUAAUUUUGAUUUCAACUUUUUUUUAUCGGUCUCAAAAGAGAGAUAUGAAAUGUCUUGUUUGAAAUGAUAUAAUUGAUCAUUCUAUUGAAUAGUGUCAGCUUAGAUAUUUGUUAAAGACUUCCCCCCCCCCCCCCCCCAAUUUUAUGUACUUUGUCAUUGUUAUGUCUUAGUAAAGAAAAUAAAGAUUGGUAUAAAGUGAUAUAAUUUUACAUUUACAUAUAACAAUCAUACUUGGAUUAUAUAUGUUCAUAAAUUAUUGUGUUUUAUCA